UGUGACGGCAGGGGGGUGCGGGCGAUCCCUCUGCACCAGCGCCCAGACCUGCUGGAGCCCUGUGCUGACUUGGUGAACAGCGAGUGGCAGCGGAGCCGCGGUGCCCGGGUCCACACCCUCCAGAAGUCCUGCCAGGAGUUCCCUGUGGCCCUGGUGCUGCUGCAGGGCUCUGGGAACAGGGACGGUGGGGACGGGGAGUCCCUCCUGGGGCACGUCCGGCUGUCCCGUGUGGUGUCCCGCCCCGGGAGCCUCUUUGUGGAGUCUGUGGUGGUCUCGAAGGCCCAGAGGGGGAAGGGCUACGGCCGUACGCUGAUGCAAGAGACGGAGCGUUACGCUAAGACCCGAGGGUUCAAGAGGCUGUGUCUGACCACCCAUGACAAGCAGCACUUCUACACCCACCUGGGCUAUGUGCUGUCCACACCUGUGCAGAACGCUGGGGUCAUGGGGUCCUUCAUGCCCAUGGACGUGCUGGAGAGGUUCUCCAGGCUCCCAGGGACAGACGACACCCAGGGUGAAGUACAGGGAGGCCCACCAUCACCACCCCAGCGGCCUCCUUCCUCUGUAGUGCCUCCGCCUCCUCCUCCUCCUCCCACACCUUCUAGUGUUCCCCCUCUUCCUCCUCUUUCUAGUCUUUCCACUCCUCCAGCUCCUCCUCCCUUUAUACCCCCUCCUCCACCCCCUCCCCUUCCUCCCUCUGCUCUAUCUCCACCUCCUCCCUCUUGUCUACCUCCUCCACCUCCUCCUCCCUCUAUUCCUCCUCCUCCUCCUCCUACUCAGUGUCCGGCCCGGCUGGUGGUUCAGACCCUUGAGGAGACGCCCUACAGAGACGCUAAAGGAGUUCCUAUCUUCUGGAUGCACAAGGACAUC